AUGGCUUCCGUUCGCCCCACACUAUCCGAUGAGUCUUCCGAACGUACGGUUUCUACCGGACCCUCUGCCUCUCCGGUGGUGGCGCCUCCCACUCUCUCGUCGGCGCACCACUUCGUCUCCAUCAAACUAUCCUCUAAAAAUUACUUGUUUUGGCGUACUCAGAUGGUGCCCUUUUUCUGCAGACAAGGGCUGCUCCGGUUUGUUGAUGGCUCGCAUGAGUGUCCAGCGGUGGUGACCUCCACCUCCGACGGAGUUAUCUCGGUGGAUAACUCGGCUGUUCUUGUUUGGGAGCAGCAGGAUCAAGCCAUUUUGUCGAUGCUUGUUGCGUCAUUGUCGGAGGAAGUGAUGUACCUGAUAGUGGGGUACUCUACUUCGCGUCAAGUCUGGCAGGCCAUCGAAGGUCGUGCGAAGGUGACUGUGGAAGAGUUUGCCAUGGCCGGCCCCCCGGUUUCACUCGAUGAGCAGAAUUUGUAUGUUUUCCGAGGCUUGCGGCCGGAAUUCCGGGCUAUGGCAUCUUCUCUCGUCACCUCGAGUAAUUCGGUCACCAUUUCUCAAUUAUCUGAUUUUUUGUUGGCUCAACAAUUCAUCUACAGUGAUGAUUUCUCCUCGGCUAUGGAGUCCCAACCGGCGACUAUGGUGUUGCAGCGAGGUGGUGGCCGCCGAUCCGGUUCUGGUGGUUCUGGACAUGGUGGUCGUUGA